AUGGACCCUCCACUCUACCAGCAGCAAUAUUCAAGCGAACCCAGCAGCAUCCUACCACACGCUCCCCCACUAGAAGAGCUAUUCCCUACUCUUGAGCUCCCAACAAAUGGGCCGGAAAUCUCCUCAGGGUUUCCAUACAACCAACUACUCUUUCAGCUACAUGUCAGCCCAGACGAAUGGACACGGUUUAGUGACGAGCUGGCUUACGCUGUCAGGCUUACGGUGCUAGAGAAAUGUGCCGUCUGGUCAGUUGGGGUUGGAGUUGGGUUGGUUGCCACGGGUGCAUUGGCUGUAUUUGGACCAAUCCCCGCAUACUACGCUGGCAAGGGCAUCAAGAACAGUCGCGUGGCGAAGAAAGUGAGACGGAGUCAAAAGGGAAAGGGCGAGCUUGAAGUUACGCUGAGUAACUGGAACGAGAAUGUGUUUCGAAGCAAGGGCUUCAGAGUGUGGCUCCGUUUACCCAGGCGUCAACAGGAAAAGCUAGAUAGCAAGAUGGAAAAGAGCGAACGAAAGAAAACGAAUAACGAAGAAUACGACGACAUCGACAUCAACGACAGUACAUCUUCGCUCUCUUCGAAGCAUAAGCCUCAUGCUGACCGCAGCCCCCUGAGCCCUCAAUCUGACUCGAAAUUAGGGCUCAAAGUCGAGCCGAAGGAAUCAAUGGCAGCGAGGAAGAAGCGAGAGAAACUGGAGGCGAAACGGUUGGAGACGCAUUAUACGUUGAUGGUGGAGGAUAUUAGAAAACCGAUUGGCGAAGAAGAACUGCUUCAGUUCGGUGUUAUAGAGAUCGAAGAGCCUGAAAGCAACCGCUCCUUAGCUUCAUCUCCGGUUUCCUCUCGGGGGGAUCCUCCCGAGUACGACUCUCCCACAGACAGCCGUAGCUCAUUAGCGGAACUAGAAGAAACAUGUCUUCCUCCUGGCGCCGUGCUUCCUUCUCGAGGGAUCUAUGAGCUCGCAUCCUGA